UAGCCCUUUUGUUGUAUUUUGAUUUUGAGAUGGUUUCAAACUUCAUCCUCCUGCCCCUGCCUUCUGAGUGGCUGGAGUUACAGAUGUGCCCACGCCCAGCUAAGAUAUCAGGAUCUUAAAGGAAUAUAACUGUCUUGUGGUUUUAUAAAAAGUAGAAUUUAGUAAGCAAUCUAAUGUUAAAUAAUUCAUCAGUGAUCUUAUUUAUUUUGAGCUCUAAGCCUGUGAUCCUGUGAAGGCCCUGUCAGUGUUAUUUAUUUCUUCACAUCUUUUCUGCUUUCCCAUUUAGAUUGUAAAUCCCCACUUACUGAAAGAUCUUACUGAGCGUGGCUUGUGGAAUGAAGAGAUGAAAAACCAGAUUAUUGCAUGCAACGGCUCUAUCCAGAGCAUACCAGAAAUUCCUGAUGACCUGAAGCAACUUUAUAAGACUGUGUGGGAAAUCUCACAGAAAACUGUUCUCAAGAUGGCAGCUGAGAGAGGUGCUUUCAUUGAUCAAAGUCAGUCUUUGAACAUCCAUAUUGCUGAGCCUAACUAUGGCAAACUCACUAGUAUGCACUUCUAUGGCUGGAAGCAGGGUUUAAAGACUGGGAUGUAUUAUUUAAGGACAAGACCUGCAGCUAAUCCAAUCCAGUUCACCCUAAACAAGGAAAAGUUGAAAGAGAAGGAAAAGGCAUCAAGAGAGGAAGAAGAGAAGGAGAGGAACACAGCAGCCAUGGUGUGCUCUUUGGAGAACAGAGAUGAAUGUCUGAUGUGUGGAUCCUGAGAAAAGGCUUAGAAGAGACCAGCAUGUCUUCCAUAGCCAAGCUACUUGAGCAUAGAUAGGCAUAGUGGGUGUGCUUGAAGUGGUAAGGCUUUGCUGAACCUUAUUGCAACAAAAGGAGUAAUUGAUUUAAAGUAUUGUUUCUAUAAGUGUGAAGAUACUGAUUUAAAAAACAAAAAACAAAAAAAAUACUUGAUAUAUUGGGAAUCCAAGUAGAAGUUCUAGGAAUGCAAAAGGCAUCAUCUUGGAAAUAGGAAGUGAUGUAGUAAGGUUUAAUUAACCCCUCUAGCAUUCCUUUUCUGAUAAUCUGUUUGUGUAAGGAGCUUGAGUUUUGCUGCUUUGACUGGUUUCCUAGAAGCAAAACUGAGUGAUAACCCAUGAAAAGUGCUGAUAGGACUUUUAUCUAGAUAAGGUUCCAUUGGUCACUCUGAAAUAAAGAGAAACAUUUCUACGUGUUUGUGUGAAGUUAAUUUUGUCAUU